AUUAUAGAUAUUGAAAUAGAUGAUGGGCUUGAAAAAAUAUAUGCUGAUAUUGAAGAAAGGCUACCACAGCUAAUGAAGGCAAUCAAAAGAGAAAGAGAAAAAUUAAGGAAUACAAUAAAAGAACUGGAGCAACAUUUGGCUGAGAAAGAAAGAGAAUUAGAUGCAAGACGAAAAAUGAAAAAAGCACAGAUGCUUGACAAUGAUGCUCUUAAAGCAAGAGUAGCAGCAAAAGAAGACAGAAUAAAAGCUCUUGAAAGUGAGUUAAAGAAACUUUUACAAGAUGUGGAUCAGCUUCAGAAGGAACUUUGCGAGGCUACUGAAGCCCAAGAUGCCAAUAUUGAGGGACAGUGUAUCACUUUGAAGCAAUGCAUGGAGGUUCCAGAUGAACAUGAACACCUUUUUCUCAAAAACUUGUCUUCUGAUACUUUUGAGUCACUAAUAGCACCUCUUUUGGAAAGAAAAGCUGUGAAGUGUCUCAGUGUAUGUUCGACUUAUUUAAAGCAAGAUUGUGUUCACUACUUUUCAUUGCUCCUGGCCAACAAUUUAACACUACACUGCUUAUGGCUUACCCAUGAAACUAUUGAUGAUGAAGGUGUCAAAAUCUUGGCACACUCAUUGAAGAAUAAUAAAACUCUUAUGUUUUUGUCACUUGAUUUCAACUAUUCCAUUACUGCUAAAAGUUGUCAAUCACUGGCUGAUCUUUUAUGUGCAAACAGAACACUCCAUUCUCUCUCUCUCUCCCAUACUACUAUUAAUAUCUUUGGAGCACGCAUACUGGUGAGGUCACUUGAGUUCAAUGAUAUACUGAAAUGGCUUGUAUUAGAUGAGCAACACAGAGUAUCAUUCCCUGGUGUCAGCAGGUUGAAAUUUUGAAGAUAAUUAUUUCUAUCACUUAAGUUAUAUCAGGAGCCUUGCUUAAACAUUUAUUUUUUGUUUGAAUGAAGUUUUCAUUGCUUGUGUCUGUUUGUUUCAUUUUUGAUUUUUAGUUUGUGUCUGUUUAAAGACAUUAACCCUCAAUCAUUUUGAAGCCAUGGUCUAUUGUUAUUGCAUUUGUUGUAAUUUUUUUACUUUUCUU